CGAGUUUUAAUGAUUUAUUGGUUGGUGGAAGGAGGUGUUGAAACUCACGAAACUAAUUCAAGUCAUUGUAUCGUAAGCGAUGAAGAUGAUACGGAAAGACCUAUAUUAUAAACACGGUGAUUGAAAGUAAUAAAAGAAGAAAAUAUGGAAUCAACUGAAGGAGCGGUGGUAGUUGUCAAUAUUAUUGAAAUACUUAAACAUUUUAGAGAGAGAGAGACCAGCUUUGGUAGCAUAGUAGUUGUAGAAUCGGAGAAUAUUACACCUUCUCUCCAUCUACGUUUGACAGCUUUGAGAUGAUUGAUUCCAAACGGAACCUAAAACAUACUUUGCAAAUAUAGAAAGAAAGCGAUGGAAAGGUAUGAUUUUUAAUUAGGAUAUUUAUUUAACAAGACACAACUACAAGAACAGCAACAAGAAAUAAGAACCAAAUCAAAAUCAAUUCCUAUUCUUGGCUUUCUGAAAUUGCAUUGCUUCACACGAAAGAAAAUGGCCGCAGCACCAGAAUCAGCAGCCAUGGAAUCGGACCAGAAUAGUCGCGUCAUAGCUAUUGCCAUUGACGAGAGGGAUGUAGCUGAAAGUGCAUUCCAAUGGUACCUUGAUAACCUACAACGGAAAGAUGACUUUGUGGUACUCAUCCAUAUACUGGAAUACCCUAGUAUUCUCAUGCCAACUGUUUCAGUGUUGCAACAGAUUCUCCAUGAGAUGGAUGAAAAGCUUGACACAGUAGAAGAAAGAUGCAAAGAACAUUUGCAAAAGCUCCAGAUAAGAGGUAAAUUCCGAACUGGAGCUGGAAAAAGUGGACCACUAAUCGUUGACAUAGCAAAACAGGAACAUGCCACAAUGAUUGUGAUGGGAAGUAAAGGGCGCGGUCAUACACGACGGACCCUCCUGGGAGGUGUCAGUGACUUUGUGGUGCAUCAUUCUCCCAUACCUGUGCUGGUUUAUAGGCCACUAAAUGCAACUCGUAAACAUUGAUGGAAACUAUCAAUCAGGAAUACAUUGCUGGUAAAUAUCAGGCAGGCACACAUGCGAAGCAACACAUUCGACAUGCUGACAAGUUACAAUCUUAUGAUCUCUUCUAUUAACUUCAUUAAUUACAGCAACAACAACAAAAAGAUAACUAUAACAAUCUGGACUAUUCUACUUAGUCAAAACUGUUGUUCUUUCCUUGUAUAGUUAGAUCCAUAAUUAGUGUUAGUGUAGCUAAUUGUAAGUAGCUGUAACAUCAUUGUCAACAAUGUCAAUGUCAUUCUGAAUAUUAAAACACACACACACAUAUACAUGCAUACAUAUAUAUGUAUACAUAUAUACAUAUACACAUUAUAUAUAUAUAUAUAU